GGGAUCGAGCCCAAUGGCACGGAGGGCAAGAACUUCUACAUCCCCAUGUCCAACAGGACUGGGAUUGUUAGAAGCCCUUUUGAAUACCUGCAGUAUAAUUUGGCAGACCCGAUAAUAUUCAAGCAUCUGGCUUUCUACACGUUCUUCCUGAUCUGCACUGGAACUCCCAUCAACGGUCUGACAUUGUUUGUGACGGCUCAGAACAAGAAGCUCCAGCAACCUCUCAACUACAUCCUGGUCAACCUGGCUGUGGCUGGACUCAUCAUGUGCAUGUUUGGCUUCACCAUCACCAUCACAUCUGCUUUAAAUGGCUACUUCAUUCUUGGACCCACUUUCUGCGCUAUUGAGGGAUUCAUGGCCACACUGGGAGGUGAAGUUGCUCUCUGGUCUCUGGUCGUGCUGGCUAUUGAGAGAUACAUCGUCGUUUGCAAACCCAUGGGAAGCUUCAAGUUCUCUGGAACACAUGCAGGAGCUGGAGUUGCUUUCACCUGGGUCAUGGCUAUGGCUUGUGCUACACCCCCACUUUUUGGCUGGUCCAGGUACAUUCCUGAGGGUAUGCAGUGCUCCUGUGGACCUGACUACUACACUCUGGCUCCAGGCUACAAUAAUGAGUCAUUCGUCAUCUACAUGUUUGUUGUCCACUUCUUUGUCCCUGUGUUCAUCAUUUUCUUCACUUAUGGAAGCCUUGUGGCGACAGUCAAAGCUGCUGCAGCCCAGCAGCAGGAGUCAGAGUCCACUCAGAAAGCUGAGAAGGAAGUGACACGUAUGUGCGUCUUGAUGGUCAUGGGCUUCCUGGUAGCUUGGACACCAUAUGCCACUUUUGCCGGCUGGAUCUUCUUGAACAAGGGAGCUUCUUUCACCGCCCUGACUGCAGCCCUCCCCGCCUUCUUUGCAAAGAGCUCAGCCCUGUACAACCCUGUCAUCUAUGUGUUGUUUAACAAACAGUUCCGAAACUGCAUGCUGAGCACUAUUGGAAUGGGUGGCAUGGUGGAGGAUGAGACCUCAGUUUCAACCAGCAAGACAGAGGUGUCCUCUGUGUCUUAAAUGUAGAGGCAUUUUCAUAUCUCUGGUCUCUGGUCUGCUUUCCUUAUUACUGUAUCUUUGACAUGGAAUA